CCACUGUUUACAGUUACUAUAACUACUACAGUUGAAGCUGUUGGCUGUGCGGUGUGCAUUGCUGCACAAGUCUACGCAUGUGAACACAUUGAUCCAGUUCUACAGUCAACCUUGAGGGCAAUGUCUGCAGAAAUACCCCAAAACCGAACUGUGGUAGAAACCAGUUUGAGUCCGAAGACGGACUAUUUGGGGACCCUUCAAUCUGUCUGCUCUGUUGUCCAGCAUCAUGAGGAAAACCCGCCAAGCUGCCAGCUUCCUCAGAUGAGUGAAUCUGAGCCCGGUUUCUCAUCUCAGUCUGUGAGUCAAGAGACGUUUGAGGAACGGCAGAGUUCUGAAAUGGGCAGAGCCACCUGCCAACCUGCCCAACAUAUAAUGCCUCAAAGAUCCCCUCAGGAGAAUCCAGGCCAAAAUGAGAAAAUGAUCCUUCAGCUUCAGGUGAAGCAGUUGCAGAGGGUUUUACAGGAACAGAACGCAUUGCUCUCUCUUAUCAGUCCAGGACAGAUUUUAUCUCCCACAUUCUUAGCGCCCUGGCAAGUCCAGACACCUGGGAGUUUAAAUGCCUUUGAGGAAAGCUCAACCAAAGCCACAUGUUCUGGUGAGGUUGAGAAUGAGUCAGAGGCUCUGGCUACUAAUAACACCAAUGAUGUUGCACCAUCAGCAGAGCUCAGACACUUGUCUCCUAUUAAAGAAGAGUCUUCAGAACCUGCACAAGAUGACUGUCCUCUUAGCCCUUUCGGAUCGAGGCAAAGUCUCCCACCAAACCCAGAGGAAAGGCCUAUUAGACCAGGACUGAGAGAAGAGCAAAAAACAUUUGAAGAUUUUGUUGAAGAACAUCUCAAAACAGACCAAACUAUUCUCCAACAUGAGCAUCAGACUAAUACACAAAUCAGGGGAGCAGAGAAGAAGAAUUUCCUUCGUAAAGGAGAAGGAGCGUCUAGAAUUUCGAAUGGUAAGGACUGCUCCCAAGGACUCCAGAGGAGACGCUCUGUUAGUCCACAAAUGCUGAACAUGAAGUUCAGUCAGCAGAUGGUAUGUCCCACUGAAUUUCAUCAAAAAGAGAUGCCAAAUAGGAGCAGUCCUGGACUGAAGGGUGUAGGAAACCUCAGUGACCAAAGAUCGGGCCUGGAAGACUAUCUAAAGAAGACCGUUUCUCUACAAGAUGAUGAUUUAUCAUCAAACAACAAAGGGAAAUUCAAAGCUUUGACUGCUAAUAACAAUGCAAUCUCACUUAAAAGUAAGCACAGUGUAGGAGUCGUGAGGAAUUAUGGUAAAACCAAUGGAAGCAAGUCAAGUGGAUCUGCUCUGGCACAAAGUAGAAAAAGUGUUGGUUUUAAAAAAAUGAAUGACCACAUUGUCAAAAUCGCUGAGAAAAAGUGUCUAACUACAAACUACAGCCAGAGUGGAUAUACAUCUAAAGAAGUCAGUCUAACUGACGAGGUGAUGGAGUCACUGGCUCUUAGCGAUUCUCGCGACAGCACUACCAGUGAGGACGGACCCAACUCUCAGUCUCAGCGGCCGUUACCUCUUUACCUCUCAAGGCACAUAGAUCACAAAGAUCAGAGUUCGGAUUUGUCAGACGGAGACUACGCUAGUGAUGCCCCGAGUGAGACUCGAUUCAGUGAAGAACAUCGCACUUCUACUCCUACGUCCAGUUCCUCAAGCUUCAUCAGCGAUUCUGAACUCAAGAGCUUACAGGGGUCUAUGGCUAACUGCUCCAAAAAAACAGAAGAAAGGGGGACCGACAGUGACUUUAGACAACCUUCUGCUCCUGAACCCCUCACAAAGAUGUUCCCAAAAGUCAAAGUUACUCCAGAAGACACCACGCAUGUCAUGGGACUAGAGCAACCACAUACUCCACUCAGGGAAGAGAUGGGAGAGCAUGGUUUUAAUGGUGAGGAUGGCUGCAGACCUUUGCUCAGGCUUAAGAAAGAACUUCAUGAACCUCAGGAUCUGAGACAGCAGAUCUCAUCUCUGAAGCAGAAGUUGAUUGUAAGGGAGUCUCACUGGUCGCAGGCCCACAGUCUCCUCCAGAGCCGUGUUGAAGCCCUCACCCGAGAGAACCAGGAGCUUCACAGUAGGCUCAAUGUGAACAAGAGAUCGCACCAGAGUGCUGGCUCCUCUGCUCUUCAGCCUGGAUCAUACAACACAUUUGAGAAGAGAAGAGAGGAACCACAGAGGACCCCUCAUGUAAGGAGCGCAACUCCGGCCUUUAACAAACCCUCCAUCCAUAGGACACAACAGGACAAUUCAAAUGGACGUUCUUUUACCAAAGCUAAUAGGCUAACAGAAUGCACAGACAACUCUUUGAGAAAGAAUCCUGCACUUUCCAUUGACAGUCCACUGAACAAUGCCAUGAUUACACAAGGCAGAAAGGGAAGUUUGUUUUAUCAUCAUACUGACUGCAAUGAUACACAAAUGGCAUCACAGGCCAGAAAAGACAAAGUACAUGAGGAAACCCGCUAUUCGGAUGGAAGGGUAGAGCGUCUUUUUUGGAACGGAUGUCGUGUGAUCACAUUCCGCAAUGGAACGAAGAAAGAGAUUGGUGUUGAUAAGUCAGUCACUGUUACGUUCUUCAAUGGUGAUGUUAAACGCACGCUGGCUGACGGGACUGUGAUAUACUACCAUUGUGAGGCUCAGACAACACACUCAACUUAUCCAUCUGGAUUGGAGGUUGUACAGUUUCCAAACAACCAAAGAGAAAAACAUCAUCCUGAUGGUACAAGGGAAAUAUCCUUCCCAGAUGGCACGGUUAAGAUUCUCCACUGCGAUGGUCGAGAGGAGAGCAUUUUUCCAGAUGGAACUGUUGUCAAGAUAUCACAACAUGGGGAAAAGAUGGUGGAGUUUGCUAAUGGGCAGAGAGAGAUUCAUACUUCACAGUACAAGCGAAGGAUGUACCCGGAUGGAACGGUUAAAACUGUCUACACAAAUGGGAGGCAAGAAACAAAGUUCUCAUCUGGGAGGGUUUGCAUUAAGAAUAAUGAAGGCAUCAUUAUAAUGGACAAAAAAUGAACUUCUAAAAACCCUUUUCA